UCUCUCUCUCUCUCUCUGUCUACUCUGCAACUCACUUUGUCUUAAAGAAGAAGGAAUGAAGACUUCACACUCUCUCGCUACAAAUUCAUAAAAUCACACCAUUCUUCUGUAUAUAUAAUUAAAUUUAUUUUUUGAUUUCUUUUCCUCUCUAUCUACUGAGCUGAAGCUUCUUCCACACUUGGCAACCUGCAUUUGCUUAAAAGCGUGAAACCAAAUUAAAUAGUGUUCUUCACUUUAUGAUUCACGCCAUGUGACCUCUGACACAUUCUUCCUCUUCUUCUUCUCCUUCUACUCUUUACUCCUCCCCCCUCUCUGUCCUAGGACACACACUAGUAUAUAUAGGGAAGGGCGGUGCUGGUCUCUCUCUUUAUUUUUUUUUUAUCGUGAAUAUCUGGUUGGUCGGUGGGCAAUGGCGGCGUCUUCAUCUAGAGGACGAAGCAGCUCGCCGUUUCACUACAGAAAGCAAUCGAGUCCGUACUCCUCCUCAUCGUCCUCGUCAUCUUUAAUGAACGGUCGGCUUAUGCCGCGCUCCUGCUCCUCCUCGGCAGCUUCAUAUUACGGCUCGGCAAAUGGAUACGCGACCAGAUCCAUGACCCCUGGCCGAAGUAGGAGUGAUUCGGCUUACUCGCGAGGUUAUAAUAGCCGUUCGCCAGUUGAUUUUCCAUCCGCGGAUGAGCUUAUGGCGGAGCCUGUGGAUACAUCAAGAUCGGGGGAAAGUAUUUCAGUCACCAUUCGAUUUCGGCCUUUGAGCGAGCGGGAAUAUCAGAGAGGAGAUGAGAUUGCUUGGCAUGCAGAUGGCGAUAAAAUUGUGCGAAAUGAGUACAAUCCUGUGACAGCUUAUGCAUUCGAUAGAGUAUUUGGACAAAAUACAAGUACGCAGGAGGUUUACGAAGUAGCAGCUCGACCUGUGGUUAAGGCUGCAAUGGAAGGGAUAAAUGGAACUGUAUUUGCUUAUGGUGUUACGAGCAGUGGAAAGACACAUACUAUGCAUGGUGACCAAAACUCUCCUGGCAUAAUACCACUGGCAAUAAAGGAUGUUUUCAGCAUUAUUCAAGAUACUCCUGGGUGUGAAUUCUUACUUCGCGUGUCCUAUCUUGAAAUUUACAACGAGGUGAUCAAUGACUUGCUGGAUCCAACUGGUCAAAAUUUACGUGUAAGAGAAGAUGCACAGGGAACUUAUGUUGAGGGUAUAAAAGAAGAGGUUGUUUUGUCACCUGGCCACGCUCUGUCGUUUAUUGCUGCAGGGGAAGAGCAUCGACAUGUGGGUUCAAACAAUUUUAAUCUAUUCAGUAGCCGUAGUCACACAAUAUUCACUUUGAUGAUUGAGAGUAGUGCCCACGGAGAUGAUUAUGACGGAGUUAUAUUUUCUCAGCUUAAUUUAAUAGAUUUAGCUGGAUCUGAAAGCUCUAAGACAGAAACAACUGGAAUUAGGCGAAAGGAAGGAUCAUACAUCAAUAAAAGUCUUCUAACUCUUGGAACUGUAAUUGGAAAACUAAGUGAGGGCAAGGCAUCUCAUGUUCCAUAUCGAGAUUCUAAACUCACCCGCCUACUGCAAUCAUCACUGAGUGGGCAUGGCCAUGUUUCUCUUAUAUGCACUGUAACUCCUGCAUCUCAUGUUCCAUCGAGAUUCUAAACUCAUAAUACAUUGAAAUUUGCAAACAGAGCCAAAUGUGUAGAGAUUUAUGCCUCGCGUAAUAAGGUGCUAACAUUUGCCAAUGUCUCAGAAUUAAGCUUAGAGAGUGUUGCAUUAGUUCUGAAUUUUUCUUCUCUGUUACAUAUUCAGUCUUACUUUCUACUUACUGUUCUUCUUAAGUUGGAAGAAGGACAAGUUAAAAUGCAAUCAAGAUUGGAGGAAGAGGAAGAAGCAAAGGCUGCUCUGUUGAGCAGAAUUCAGAGGCUAACCAAACUAAUCCUUGUUUCUUCUAAAAAUACAAUUCCAGGAUGCUUGAGUGAUGCAUCCAGCCGUCAGAGGGCUCAAUCAGUGUGUGAAGAUGAUAAAUUGGAUGUUCUACGUGAUGGUUCUUUGCUCAUAAAUGGAGAGAAUCAGAAAGAUUCCUUAUCCAGCAAAUGGAAUGAUGAUAUGUCGCAAGCUGGAAGUACGAUUACCGAAUCAACUCAUGCGGGUGAAGUUAUCAAUGGUUCUUCCUGUAAUUUGAAACUGCCCACGGAUGGGAUGACAAUGUCAGAUCAGAUGGACCUUCUUGUUGAGCAAGUGAAGUUGCUAGCUGGCGAGAUUGCAUUCAGCAGUAGUACUUUGAAACGAUUGGUUGAGCAAUCUGCAAAUGAUCCGGAAAGCUCAAAAGAUCAAAUUCAGAAUUUAGAACAUGAUAUCCUAGAGAAGAAAAAGCAAAUGAGGAUCUUAGAGCAACGCAUAGUUGAGAGUGGUGAAGCGUCAAUUGCUAAUGCUUCUAUCGUUGAAAUGCAGCAGACUUUGAUGAAAUUGAUGACCCAGUGCAGUGAAAAAGGUUUUGAGCUUGAGAUAAAAUCAGCAGACAAUCGUAUCCUGCAAGAACAAUUGCAGAACAAGUGUGCAGAAAACCUGGAAUUACUAGAGAAAAUUAGUUUUCUGGAGCUCCAGCUAGCAUCAGCCACUGGUGACAAAUCAUCACCUUCUCCACCCUUUCCUGAGCAUUGUGCAUCAGAUGAAUAUGUUGAUGAGUUGAAAAAAAAGGUUCAGGUUCAGGAGAUUGAAAAUGAGAAGUUAAAGCUUGAGCAUGUCCAGUUUCUAGAGGAGAACAGUGGCUUGCGAGUGCAGAAUCAGAAAUUGUCCGAGGAAGCUUCCUAUGCAAAGGAACUGGCUUCUGCUGCUGCCGUGGAAUUGAAAAAUUUAGCAGGUGAAGUGACAAAGCUUUCACUGCAGAAUGCAAAACUAGAAAAGGAAUUGUUGGCUUCUAGAGAGCUAAUAAACUCUAGGAGUUUGAACGUGCAAUCCGGAACUGGAGGCAAUCGUAAGAAUAAUGAGGGUCCUAGGCCUGGACGCAGGGGCCGUGUAUCUAGCCGAGUAAAUGAAGUUUCAGGACUGGUCCAUGAUGACUUUGAUGUAUGGAAUCUUGAUCACGAGGAUCUGAAAAUGGAGUUGCAGGCUAGGAAGCAACGAGAGGCUGCCCUGGAGGCUGCCUUGGCAGAGAAAGAAGUUCUAGAAGAUGAAUACAGAAAAAGGGUUGAAGAAGCAAAGAAAAGGGAGGCAGCCUUGGAAAAUGAUUUAGCAAACAUGUGGGUGCUUGUUGCCCAGUUGAAAAAAGAAGGGGGUGCUAUACAAGAACCAAAGCACAAUGACAUUCAGAAUGAUAGUGGAGAACGUCCAAAUGAUUCCAAAAUAGAUGAUGUUUGUGAAGAUCAAAUUGUAGUAGAGGUGAAACCUCCAGAUCCAAUAAUACCGUCUGCUGACAUUCACCGUGAAGAACCUCUUGUUGCGCGUCUUAAGGCUCGGAUGCAAGAGAUGAAGGAAAAAGAACUCAGGUACCUCGGAAAUGGAGACAUAAAUUCUCAUGUCUGUAAAAUAUGUUUUGAGUCCCCUACAGCAGCAAUGCUUCUUCCUUGCCGUCAUUUUUGUUUGUGUAAAUCUUGUUCCCUUGCAUGCUCCGAAUGCCCCAUUUGUCGAACUAAGAUUGCUGAUAGGAUUUUUGCCUUCACUUGACAAUGUAAUCCAACAUAAGGGUUUUGGUGUCUUUCACCAGUUUACCGUUUCAGCUUUGGCGGGUAAAUUCUUUUAUUAGUUAAACUGUAUGUAACUCUUUUAAGUGGCAUACGACUAUAUUUUCUUCGUAUUUCUUCCUAUGGGACUUUAAAAAGAAAAAGAAAAAGUUCACCAAAUGAGAGAGAGGAGAGAGAGAGAGACAGAUGCAAUCUUAUCCAGCAAGCUACUGCUUUAAUUCUGAAAGCGUAGUACUAUGCUGCAUUUUUUCUGGGUUGUGAUGUACAGAACACAUUAUCUACCAUGAGGGGUGUCUGCCCCCGUUUGUAUAAAAUUCUGGUUUCUUGAUUC